AAUGGGUCUCUUUCAAAUCUGUCUUUUAACAACUUCCUUAAUCAUUACAAAACAGGAAUCCAUAUAGUAUCAUUAUCUUCUGGGAUUUAUUAAUUCUUAACAUUAAUUUUCUCUCUCCUCUCAUGGAUUCAUGGGAUUUUUUUUCAUAUUAUUGUGAUUUAUUAGUAACCAAAUAUUAAUACCCUCUUUUUAUUUCAGGGUUUUGCUUCAUUUCAGUAGACUAUACUACUUAUACACUAAACUCUCUCAGAGAUUUAGUUGUGGCAGUUUUUGUGAUUCAAGUUUAUAUCUUUGUUGGGUCAGUUGCUAAUUUUGGUUUAUGAAUAUGAGCAAGGAAAUGCCAAAUCUUUGAGGCCAUGUUUCGGAUUUUGAACAAAGAAAACGGUUUACUGGUACAUAUAUGGCACAGGAAAUCAUCGAGAAGACUUUCGUUUAACAAGUAUGGAUCUCCGAGUAGAGACCUCUAAAUUGGAGUCCAUAGCAACAACUACGUCAAGAAGACUUUCAUCUGCUUCUUCUGUCUUUUACUCAGCCAAUCCUUCACCAUUCUUUUCACCAAGUUCGCCAAAGUCUCAGUUUUCUGAGUCUAAUCGUACUGAUAUACCACUUGAAGAUGGGAGUAUAUCCAGUAAAGCAAUUCCAGACCCUGAAGCAGAGAUGAAUGUUAGGCAGCUUCCCCAACCGGACAUCCGAGCUUCACUACUGGCAGACGAUGUUCAGAUGCUGGAACGUGUUUCUUCCUCAAUGGGGAUUUCCAAUGAAACUGCCUCCACUCAUAGCCAAGGCCGAUGGAUUGAAUGCUCAAGGUCUAGAGGAAGGCACAAGAAAGUCAUGAGACACUUUGGAGUGCCUUUUCCCCCAAAUGCGGCUUCCCUGUCUACCAGCAGAGUUAGAAACUGUGAUGUUUAUAUAGGGUUGUAUGGAAGAAAACCUCCACUCUUGAGAUUUGUUAAUUGGUUGCGAGCUGAGCUGGAAGUUCAAGGGGUCAGUUGCUUUGCUUGUGAUAGGGCUCGGUGCAGGAAUUCUAGGAAGCAAAGAAUUGUUGAGCGAGCCAUGGAUGUUUGCAGCUUUGGAGUGGUGAUCAUAACGAGAAAGUCUUUUAAAAAUCCGUAUACUAUUGAGGAGCUGAGAUUCUUCUCAAGUAAGAAGAACUUGGUUCCCUUGUUCUUUGAUGUUGCUUCUAGUGAUUGCCUUGUUAGAGAUAUAAUUGAGAGAAGGGGAGAACUGUGGGAGAAACAUGGGGGUGAAUUGUGGAAUUUAUAUGGUGGGCUGGAGAAGGAAUGGAAAGAAGCGAUAUAUGGUCUUUCGCGCAUUGAUGAGUGGAAGUUAGAGGCACACGAUGGUAGCUGGAGAGAAUGCAUACUCAGGGCUGUAACACUGCUGGCAAUGAGAUUAGGAAGGAGAAGUGUGGUGGACAGGUUGAGCAGGUGGAAGGAGAAGGUGGAAAAAGAGGAGUUUCCUUUACCUCGAAAUGAAAACUUCACCGGUAGGAAAAAGGAGUUAUCAGAGCUAGAGUUUAUGCUGUUUGGAGAUGUUACUGGAGAUUCAGAGCGUGAUUAUUUUGAGAUCAGGACUAAGCCCAAGAGGAGGAAUGUGACUAUUAGUUGGAGUAGGAGUAAUUCAAUGGAGAGGCAAAUAGAGGGUGGUAGUAAAAGAAAAGGUAAAGAUCCUGUCAUCUGGAAAGAAUCGGAGAAAGAGAUUGAGAUGCGAAGCACCGGUUUCCCUCAACAGCAGCAUCCUAAUAUACCAAAACCAAAGACUGGCAGAAAAUUUGCCAGAAGAAAAAGAUCGAUGAAAAUUGUAUAUGGGAAGGGUAUAGCAGUUGUUUCAGGGGAAUCUGGCAUUGGCAAGACAGAGCUCCUUCUUGAGUUUGCAUAUAGAUAUCAUCAAAGAUAUAAGAUGGUUUUGUGGAUAGGAGGGGAAAGUAGAUAUAUUAGGCAAAAUUAUCUAAACCUCUGGCCCUUUUUAGAAGUUGAUGUCGGAAUUGAAACCUGUGCUGAAAAGACUAGAAUAAGAAGCUUUGAAGAACAAGAAGAGGCAGCUAUGUUCAGAGUGCGCAGAGAACUUAUGAGGAACUUGCCGUACUUGGUGAUUAUUGAUAACUUGGAAAGUGAAAAAGAUUGGUGGGACCACCGGCUCAUAAUGGAUCUUCUUCCUAGAUUUGGUGGUGAAACCCAUUUCAUAAUAUCCACACGCCUUCCUCGUGUAAUGAACCUCGAGCCCAUGAAACUUACCUACUUGUCUGGGGUAGAGGCUCUUUCUUUGAUGCAGGGAAGUACAACGGACUACCCACUUACAGAAAUUGAUGCUCUUCGGGUCAUCGAGGAGAAACUUGGAAGGAUAACCUUAGGCAUUGCUAUUGUUGGAGCAAUUCUCUCCGAGCUUCCUAUUAACCCCACUAGGCUCUUAGAUACUGUCAACAGGAUGCCCUUGAGAGACUUUUCAUGGAAUGGUAAGGAAGGUAGUACACUGAGGAAAAACACCUUCCUUUUGCAAUUGUUUGAGGUUUGCUUCUCAAUAUUUGACCAUGCAGAUGGACCCAGAAGCUUGGCAACAAGGAUGGUUCAGGCAAGUGGGUGGUUUGCUCCAGCUCCAGUUCCACUCUCUCUUUUAGCAGCAGCAGCCCAUAAAAUACCAGAAAAGCACAAAGGAACGAGGUUAUGGAAAAAAAUCUUGCAUUCCUUACCUUGUGGAUUUACCUCCUACACCAAGAGAUCAGAAGCAGAAGCUGCUUCCAUGUUGUUGAGGUUUAAUAUUGUAAGGAGUAGUAGCAAGCAGGGAUAUAUAUAUUUGAACGAAAUCGUGAAGCUUUAUGCCCGUAGAAGAGGGGUAACUGGUGUUGCUCACGCAAUGGUUCAAGCUGUUAUUAGCCGCUCAUCUGUACUUGAGCAUCCUGAACAUUUAUGGGCGGCAUGUUUUUUGAUAUUUGGGUUUGGAAAUGACCCAAUAGUUGUGGAACUCAAGGUCUCUGACUUGCUGGUUCUGGUAAAAGAGGUGGUUUUGCCUCUUAGUAUAAGGGCAUUUUUAACAUUCUCACGGUGCAAUGCUGCAGUUGAGCUCCUUCGUUUGUGCACGGAUGCACUUGAGACGGCUGAUCAAGCAUUUGUUACUCCAGUUGAUAAAUGGAUGGACAAGUCCCUUUGCUGGAAACCAGUUCACACGAACGCGCAGUUGAAUCCCUCGUUGUGGCAGGAAAUGGCAUUGGCAAGAGCCACCGUAUUAGAGACGAGGGCUAAGCUUAUGCUGAGAGGAGGGCAGUUUGACAUUGCUGAUGAUCUAACUAGGAAGGCUAUUUUUAUUAGGACCUCAAUCUCUGGUGAAAAUCAUCCUGAGACUCUUUCUUCUAAGGAAAUCCUGGCCAAAAUUACUAGGCUUUUAGCAAAUGUUCAAGCACAUAACUCACCAUAGUUUUUCAUUCUUUGUUAUUUUCCUUAGCAUAAAUUUACAUUAGGAGUAUACAUAGUGUUUCGAAUAAUGUCAUUUUAACCAUCUCAGGGAAUUAAUCUAAUACCACUUCAAUACUCAAAUGAGAGGCCAUUCUUUCCAA